UCACGGACAUGACACAAUGCAGUUUAAUACAUUCUAUACACAACUAGUAACUAAAGACCGGCCCAGACAAUUUAAUUAUGACUUUUUAUUUGAAAAUAAAAUAAUAAGCUAAAUUUAGAUGCGAAGCAACUUAAAAGAGAAAAUAUGCAAUUGAGGGAGAAAACAAGUACUGCAAUGAGUGCUACAGUGGACUUAGAGCAGUAGUAAUUGCAGACUAAUCUAAUGAAACAAAAAUUAUCUUGGUGUUAAACCGAAAUAAUUAGGAAAUGGUAUGUAAUGCAUGAGUGUUUAAGCAUAUUCAAUCUGUAGUUUGUUUACAAAUGUUUCUAAUCCUUAUAUAUCAGCUGUGUCGCUUCGGUUUAUUUCGCCAGUGUCUGCAACUUCAUAGGUUGUCCAGCAGAUGGGAGCAUUGCGUCAACUUUAGUCAAACUAUUAAAUUCGCAUUUUAUCUGCUUACUGAAGCCACUGGUCUUAUAUUCCUUUCUCUUAAUUAACCCCUGUAAAGGCUAUAAGACUUUUAUAUUCCUGCUGAAUCUGUUUUGAGUGUAGUUUAGCCACCAUCUAAAAAAACAUAUUCCUAUUUAAGCGCGCUCCCGAGCUUCAGUCGUGCGCUCAUUGAAGCGCGCACCCGGGUUCCUCGCUCAUUUGACGGAAUUCUCGGAGACGCGCUCGGAAUGGCAGCGGCGGACGGGUCAGCACGAGACAAGGAUUUAAUGCAAUAAUUCCACAUGUUCCGUUUAUUCUCAUGGGUUGCACUCUGUGGAAAUACUUAGAUAUCGUCAUAUGUCCCCUUUCAGUACUUUUGUUUCUGUCCCAAAUCUCUCUAAUGUCUAAACACAAAGCUUUUGUUUGAGAAGACACAUAAGAGUCGGAUAAACGCGAAAGAAACACCCUAAUUGUCCGUCUCUGUCCGGGAAAGUGAUUUCUUCGUCGUCGUCGUUACUUUUGGAAAAAUAUUGUGGCUGAAGGAUGUCUUCUGCACGCGUAGAUUAUAUCGCUCCUUGGUGGACUUACUGGCUUAAUCAGUUUCCUCAUGUCAAUUUGAGGUUUCAGCCCGUGGAUCACACGUUUAACCCUCAAGAGGAGAACUACCAGCAGUCGCUCAUCUUCUUGAGUUGUGUAGCAGCAGCUGGGCUUGGUGUAAACCUGCUGUGUCUGGCAAUCUACCUGAGCUGCCUUUGCUGCUGUCGGAAAGAUGAAGAGGAAGAGGAGAGUAAGAAGUCCAACUCUUGCUGUGUCACUUGGGCUGCUGUUGCUGCAGGGCUCAUCUGCUGUGUUGCGGUGGGAGUGGGUUUCUAUGGAAACAGUGAAACCAAUGAUGGGGUAUACCAGCUGACCUAUUCCCUCUAUAACGUCAACAACACGCUAGCAGGAGUGGACAGUUUGGUGACGGGUACUAUGGGAGGUAUGCAGAGUGGUCUAAAGGAUCACUUGUCUCGCUUGGAUGAGAUCUUUGCCACACGGGGAGACUUUGUACAGACGCUGCACUUCAUGCAACAGAUGGCAGAUAGCAUCAUUAAACAGCUUUUGGGGCUUCCUGAUUGGGAAAAGGCAAAAGUAGACCUGGCCGCCAUUGCUGAUCAGACAGCAUAUGUGGAGUAUUACAGGUGGUUGACAUUCCUGCUGAUUCUAAUCUUGGAUCUGGUCAUCUGUCUGGCUGCUUGUCUCGGUCUGGCCAAACAAUCCCGCUGGCUGCUCACUACGAUGAUGGUGUUUGGGGUUCUGACUCUGAUACUCAGCUGGGCGUCUCUUGGAGCUGAUAUGGCCACUGCAGUGGGCACAAGCGAUUUCUGUGUUGCACCUGACAAAUUUCUGAUGAACCAAACAAAAGACAUAAUCAGCUCGGAUAUCGUGCACUAUUACCUGUACUGCAGCCAGACCCUUCCCAACCCAUUUCAGCAGUUUGUCUUGCAGUCCCUGACUGUCUUCCAGAGAUCGUUGACCACCAUGCAGAUCCAGAUUCAGGGGCUGCUGCAGUUUGCUGUGCCUCUCUUUCCUACAGCUAAGAGGGAUUUAUUGAGUAUUCAGCAUCUAUUAAAUAAUUCAGAGGCCAGUUUACACCAGCUCACUGCCCUGCUAGACUGCAGAGGACUGAAUAAGGAUUACCUGGAUGCUCUGAUAGGUGUCUGUUAUGAUGGUGUGGAGGGGUUACUGUAUCUGUGCCUGUUUUCACUUCUGGCGGCCUGUGCCUUCUCUGUGAUGUUGUGUGCCAUCCCAAGAGCAUGGAGGCAGAUCGCCAACAGAGAAAGGGAUUAUGAUGACAUAAUUGACGGUGACCCGUUUAACCCUCAGAGUCGACGGAUGGCAUCACAUCACUCACACCCGGGCAACAUGCACAGCUUCUGCAGUUAUAGUAGCAGUAUGGGCAGCCAGACUAGUCUUCACCCUCCCACACAGACUGUGACCAAUGCACCCAUCUCAGAGUAUAUAAACCAGUCUGCGCUGUUCGGUGGGAACCCACGUUUUGAGAACGUUCCUCUGAUCGGAAGGGGGUCUCCUCCUCCAUCGCUUUACUCUCAGCAAUAUAGAAACCGCUACUCUCCAACCAUGAGAGCCACCUACCUCUCCAUGACUGAAGACCAGAUCAGACACUUUGGGGAGGAUUUCCAGGCGUAGAACUGAUCUCCUUUCCUCUGUCAUGUAUACGUUUCCCCUGCUGUGAAUCUUUUCACUCUGGGAAAAUGGACACACUGAGAACUCUCACGCCAGCAUGUGUGUGCACCCUUCUGUGUGUGUUACUGUAACUCAGCAGACCACAGUCUGAGAGGAGAACAUCUUUCUAGAAACUGUGUGUUUGGGUACUUGCUUGCAUGUAUGUGUGUGUUUGUCGAUAAUUAUGAUGGUGCAGUGCAUCUGUUUCCUCACUACUGACACAUACAUGUGAGGUGCUGAAAUAUCCUUUCUGUAAUAAUCUGUUUUACUUGUACGUUUACACUGUGUCUUUCAUCUAUUAGACUGAUGGUCUUCCCUGUUGCCUUUUUAAAAUACAUACACUGUUCGGUGUGGGUAACCACAAUGUUUUGGCACAGAAAUUGAGCACAUUUUUCCUGACCUGUGUACAUAACCUUAAAAAAGGUUACCCAUUUGUCGUAUUAAAGAUCAUUGCGGACACUGGUUGUAUUAUGUAUUGAUAUUCUGUCCGUUGGACAUUUAGUCCUACUGAUCUCAUGAAAAUUACAUGACUGUGGCGACAAUUUAGCAAAAUUAUAUUAUGUGGUUCCUUAUCGCGGCAUUUCCGAGGUGAAAUGUGCACUGAGUGGCACUAAAUGAGAGUUAAAUAUUCUUCCAAACAGAUGAGGUUUUUAAGUUUAUUGAUCUAUCAAGUUUUAAAUCAACAAAGCCUACCUCCCUACCCUAAAUCUUAAACCUAAACCUAACUGAUAGUGUCAUAUUAAAUCAAGUAAACGUGAACUGAAAAACCCAAUUGCUAAAGCAACCAUGUCAUUUUGUGGUACUUCUAUGACACUUUCGGCUAAUGUUUUGAUUUGCAUGCUUUUCAGGACUGGUAUCCUGGUACCAUAUGCUCCAUCAGUGUCUAAACAAGCUUGUAAAUGUAGUUGGUUAUGUAAUGCAAAUGUUAAAAUGUAUUGUCUUACAAGUCAUGCACUAUAGUAAAAGUGGUUUGAUGUCAUAAGAUAGCAUCGUGUGAGGAACAGGGCAAAAAAAUACCUGUUUAUGAACUGAUAACACUAUGUAACACAAUUUUUGUUCCUGGGUAGUAAGUGUUAUUUCCUAAUUGCGUAUGCCUCAAAAGUAUAGAAAAUGGCUAUUAUUCCCCACAGACUUUGCUUUUGUGACCAGGACAGUGAUAUUUUGAAAUGUACCUAUUUCCAAUGAGAAAAUGGGCGAAUUUGUGUCCAAAUUAACAUGUAUUUAUACUAAAGUAAUACAAAAAUGACUAUCAAAAGAUUUAGAAGUGAGUAGUUUUUCGAAAUUUACGAUUAUACCGUAAAUCACUUUCACAAAUCAGCCCCCAAAUGUAGUCUCCCAUCAUGUUCUCGUUAUACUGUCCUUGGUAGCGGCGUUCAAAAUCCAGUAUAUCCUGGUGGAAGCGCUCGCCUUGCUCCUCCGAGUACGCUCCAAUGUUCUCCUUGAAUUUAUCAAGAUGAGCAUCAAGGAUAUGGACUUUGAGGGACAUCCUACAGCCCAUUGUGCUGUAGUUCUUCACCAGAGUCUCAACCAGCUCCACAUAGUUUUCAGCCUUGUAAUUGUCCAGGAAGUCCCGAACCACUGUGACAAAGCUGUUCCAAGCCGCUUUCUCCUUACUAGUGAGCUUCUUGGGGAAUUCAUUGCACUCCAGGAUCUUCUUUAUCUGUGGUCCAACGAAGACACCGGCUUUGACCUUUGCCUCAGUCAGCUUAGGGAAGAAGUCUUGAAGGUACUUGAAGGCUGCUGACUCCUUAUCUAGAGCUCUGACAAAUUGUUUCAUAAGGCCCAAUUUGAUGUGCAGUGGUGGCAUCAGCACCUUCCGGGGGUCCAACAAUGGCGCCCACUUGAUGUUGUUCCUCCCCACAGAGAACUCGGUCCGCUGUGGCCAGUCCCACCUGUGGUAGGGCGCCUUGGUGUCCCUGCUGUCCCAAAGGCAAAGAUAGCAGGGAAACUUGGUAAAACCGCCUUGGAGACCCAUCAGGAAUGCCACCAUUUUGAAGUCUCCUAUGACCUCCCAGCUGUACUCCUCAUACUUCAAGGCAUCCAGCAAGGUCUUGAUAUGUAUCCACUUAGGCAACUGGAACUAAACUGAACUGGUGGGCUUAAGGCCCCUGUGUUUAUACUACUAUUUAUAUUACUGGAAAGUUCUAGAAGUUACUCCAAGUUUACUCAGCACUGAAACUAUCUGGAAUGUUCUGGAAAAUAGGUAAAUUACAAAAUAUCAUAGUCCUGGUCACAAAAGCAAAGUUUGCCAUUUUCUAUACUUUUAGAUAUAAGCAAUUAGGAAAUAACACUUACUACCCAGGAACCCCCAAAAAUACAAAAAAUAAAAAUAAGAAAUGUGUUACACAGUGUAAUCUGCCAUUUUACUGCCGUUAAUUGUGUGAAAGGAAAUAAGUCGUUGUAGUGCCUCUAGUGUUCAUUUCACUAGGAAACUUACGAUAUGUACAAUGAGCUACGUUAAAAUCAGUUUGCAAAAAUGUUGGUAUAGUAACCUGUUACUAUGAGACCAAGUUGCACAUAGUGUACAGUGUUGCUAGUGCCAGCAUCAUUAAACUUUAAAGUAGGUGUGUUAGGUACUUUUCUAAGCAACUGAUGCUCAUGAAAAGGUGUCUUACAAUUUUUGUAAACUUAAUAGAUAUGUCAUCACUUUUAUGAUGGCUAACUCUACACUUUUUUUUUUUCUCUCUAAUUUUAAGCCAUUUUUGGCGCCCGAGAAUGGAAGCAUGAUUUGUGCCUCGUAAAGACCCCAUGAAAUCACUUGACAAGCACAGUUUUCAUAUCCUAUUAUAACAUGUUCCUGUUUAAAUAGGAAAUAAGUGCAUGGGACAUAUCAAAGGUCCCUUUUUAAAUAGUCAGUAGGCUUUAGUUUACGUCAAAGCUGAGAAUCAUGAUUUGCCUCUUGAUAUUGUUAGUCAGAGAUGGCUAAUGGGAGGGACAUGAUCAUUCCAGAGAGCAUUACAUUGGACAAACAUUUGUAUAUGAGUCCAAGAUUAGUCAUUGAUAUCCUUGAUGGUUUGUUCCUGGAAGAAAAAGACUUUAAAUUGUUAGUGCUCCUAAAAGUGUAGUUUUAGAUGUACACUUUUAGGAGCAUAUAGAUGACAUCUAGGCUAAUAGACAUGGACUAAAAGCCACAGAAGUCCUACAUACGUGGGGACUUUUUUGUUUCAUAGGUAACAAUUUACAAUAAGGUUCCAUUUGUUAACAUUAGUUAACAACAUUAGUUUACAUGAACUAACAAUGAACAGUACUUAUUAAGCAUUUAUUAAUCUUAGUUAAUGUUAAUUUCAACAUAUAAUAAUACAUUUAAUAUCAAAAGUUGUUUUUGUUAACAUUAGUUAAUGCACUAUGAACUAAAGUGAACUAACAAUGAACAAUAGUAUUUUUAUUUACUAACAUUAGCAAAGAUUAAAAAUGAUGUAAACGAAUAUUGAGAAUUGUUUCUUCAUAAUACCUAAUGCAUAAAUUAAUAUUAACGAAUGGAACCUUAUUGUAAAGUGUUACUUUUUAAUUUCUUUAUUCACUGAGCGGCCAAGCUGAAAACAGUUCUUUGUUUGUAGUGCAUUGUGAAUAUCAGGGAUGGGACAUGGAGGAAAAAUGACUUUCUGUCAGCUUUGUUUUAUGCAUGUAGAGGUUUUAUGAAGCACAAACUAAUCACUUGAGAUUUAAAGUGAUGCACUAAAAUGUUUGUUGACAUGUGCUCCUACAAUUGUCCUAUAAAUAAUGUAUUUCUAAAUAGCCUACCUGAGGUACCUGCCAAAUUUCCCAGCAAGCACAAAUGAGGGAUCAUUUUGUAUGGGACUUUAAAUGACAAACCUUUUUACCAGAUCAAGUAGGCAAGCAUAUUAUCCAGAGAGCACACUGAGCCAAUACCUUCCAAUGCAGAAGAUCUUAGAAUAUUUUGUAUUAACCUGACCAGCUGUAAAUAACAUGUAUGAUAAUAUGUGUUGUUUGUGUGAUUUUAUUUGCAUAUCUUUGUUUGCUCCAUUCUUGCCACAUAUCUUGCUUGAUGAUAAAAUUAGCUACUUGGACAAAUAACAGUGUGUCAAAUUCAAAAUGUCUAGAUCUGAAAGAGGUCCAUGGUGGCAUCGGUUUGGUGUAUUAUUGCCUUGUUAGAAUGUUUUUUUUUUCUUCUUCUUCUUUUUUAUGGAUUUUAAUACCUUGGGUGCAUGAAUAGCACUGUUCUGCCGACACUGUGGUGGUGCUUAAUUUCUGUCUCAUGUAGAGGAAAGCAAUAUGGUCAAUAAUAAAACAUUUUGCAUUGAA